AUGGAGUCCUCAUCACAGUCAACGCCGACCUCGUCACACUUUAGCAUCCAGUCCAUACUUUCUUCACACGAGCAUUCAAGCGCCCAAGGACACCGUGCUUCACCUCCGGCGUUUGUUUCACCACCGACCUUAGCUCCGUCUCCUGCGGGUCAUAGCCCGAGUGCGUCACGUCACCUCUUCCGGAACCACAGUCCAUAUCACCAAAAGGAAGUGAGCCACCGUAUCGCCACAAUUCCCUUGUAUCUCCACUCCAACAUCAGCGACGGAUGCAACAUCAGCAUCACUACCGGCAUGAACCGUAUCAGCAGCUCCAGCCGCAUCAUCCCUAUCAUCACCAACCUCAACAGCGACAAGGACAACGGCAACAAGGACAGCAUCAACACCAGCUGCCUUCACCUCCCUCACUACCUCCCAUUUAUUCAGCAUCCUCGCUAUCUGCUUUACCCCCGUUACUCUCAUUACCAUCGUUGCCAUUACCACACCAGCUACCUAUCUCGAACCAGCAAGAUCACCGACACGAUCAUCAGCAGCAAUUUUAUAACACCUACAGCCAAAACCUCUCCUCCCAACAAACUGGCGGGGUCGAGCACAACAUUUCUAUGGCUCAACAUUCAAAUUCGAGCGGAAGUGGAAUGGGAGAGGCUGGAGAGCACAAACCCACUGUAG